GACCCUGAAGUUCUAGCAACAACUAUAUAUAUAUGAGUCGUCUUCACCAAUUCACAACAUUCACAAAAUUAUUCAGGUUCAUUUCAAGCAACAUUAAUUCACCAUGGUUAAAGCAAUUAGACUUUAUGAACAUGGAGCUCCUGAGAUGAUGAAACUGGAUGAUGUGGAGUUAGGGGAACCGAAAACAGGAGAAAUAAAAAUGAAAAAUAUUGCAAUAGGGAUAAACUAUUUGGAUGUUUAUAUGCGUAAAGGUCUAUUGAUUGGCUACUCGCCACCAGUGCCCUACACACCAGGUAUGGAGGCAGCUGGAGUUGUUAUAGCAGUAGGUCCAGAAGUCACUAGCUGCAAGGUUGGAGAUAUAGUGGCAUAUGCGGGUUUCCCUGUGUGCGCUUACGCUGAAGAACAAAUACUUCCAGCAGAAAGAGUUGUACAGGUUCCGCCUUCUAUCGAUCCUAUUGUAGCAGCUGCCGCAAUCUUUAAGGGGUUGACCGCUGAAGUUUUGGUCCGACGUUGCUUUAAGGUUGGACCUGGGCAUACAAUCCUUUACCAUGCCGCGGCUGGAGGCGUUGGAUCUUUAGCGUGCCAAUGGGCAAACGCGCUUGGGGCUACAGUUAUUGGGACCGUUUCCACAAAAGAGAAAGUGGUUCAAGCAAAGGAAGACGGAUGUCACCAUGUCAUCAACUACAAAGAAGAAAACUUUGUUGAUCGUGUUAUGGAGAUCACAUCAGGGAAAGGAGUUGAUGUUGCUUAUGACUCUAUUGGGAAAGACACAUUUGAGGGAUCAUUGGCGUGCGUAAAGACUCGUGGAUACAUGGUUUCAUUUGGGAUGGCAUCCGGAGAAGCCGAGCUAACCUAUAGGCACCUCACUUACAAAUCAGUGUUUUUCACUAUCCCACAAUUUUUGCUUUACACAGAAGCACGUAGCGAUCUCGUCGCAGCUUCACAAGAGGUUUUUUCUAAUAUUGAGAAGGGAGUCCUGCGAGUCCGGGUCAACCAGUACCCUCUGUCGCAAGCAGUCCAAGCCCAUUCCGACCUCGAGAAUCGAAAAACGACAGGCUCCAUCGUGUUAAUACCAAGUAAAUGAUAUAUAUAUUGCUGCCAACGCUUUACAAUUUUCAUUAAGUUGUGUGUUAUUGUGUAGUUUUGUUAUAGUUGAUUGUUGUUAUUUUUGGCCGGGUUUGAAAUAAAUGAAUGAAAUGCUACUAGGGGUGUAACCGGGUACGCAACAAAGUUUCGACGUUGGUUUUGAAGUUUGCAAAUGUACCCUUUAACACGUUAAUGUCAUUGUAAGGCCUCGCGCAAUGCACGAGAGGUAAAUGGAGUCUUUUGUUUAAAAUAGUUUUUAAAUUUUAUAAAGCCAUAACAUGUUAUAUGGUUUUAAUACGUUUUCUUAUAUGUACUUAAAAACGAUAAUGUCAUUGUCGCAAUGAAUGUAACGAAGUUCGCAAA